UAGAUAAUAUAUGUUAUCAAAAGUGCUAUUAAAUUAUUUCCUAUUAAUCAAUCGUCGUAUUUGGUCGACGCGUUGCCGUUUCUAAUAGUUGGAACCGUCGUGUUUGCCAAACACACGCGAACUAACGCGUGACGUCAAAGAUGGAUAGAAGUUAUUCGUACGACCCGGUGUCUACCGGCGCAGUCAACCAGCAGGCGCACAGGAUGGAGGCAGGGCAGCUGUGGCGGCAAUACAUCAUCGCGGGCAUCGCGAACAUCGCGAUCGCCUCCACGGGUUAUUCCAUGGGAUGGACGUCACCAAUCAAUGGGAAGCUAUCGGACAAUACAACAGAUAUCCUUGACAAACCGGCAACAGCUGACGAGCUAGCGUGGAUGGGUUCGGUGCUCAACAUUGGAGCUAUAUUAGGUCCAUUCGUGGGUGGUUACUUGGCUGGUAGGAUUGGCAGGAAGUGGGGUCUCCUGAGUUCAGCCGUACCUUUACUUCUCGGAUGGAUCCUCGUGGCAACUGUGGAGAACAUGGCGUUCCUGUACGCAGCCAGAAUCUUUUGGGGCGUCGGUGUGGGGAUGCUCUUUACCAUAUCGCCGAUGUAUUGCGCUGAAAUCGCUACGAACGAAUCUCGAGGUGCCCUGGGAUCGUUUCUCCAGUUGUUCAUAACCCUUGGUUACAUCCUGGUCUACGGUAUCGGACCCUCCACAACGUACAUGAAUGUAGCCUACGUCGGUAUAGCCUUCGUGGCAGUAUUCGCUGUAGGAUUCUUCUUCAUGCCGGAAACGCCAACAUACCACCUCCUUAAAGGCGAUCGCGAGGCGGCUGCGUCGUGUCUCAGCACCAUCCGCGGCCGUUCCCGAGCUGGUGUCGAAGCCGAGCUCAGUCUCAUCGAGAGUGACGUUAAGGCCUCGAUGGAAAAAACAGCGACGGUAAUGGACGUGUUCCAAGGCAGUAACUUCAAGGCGUUCUAUAUAUCCUGCGCUUUGGUGUUCUUCCAACAGUUCAGUGGCAUUAACGCUGUUCUGUUCUACAUGACGGACAUCUUCGAGUCCUCUGGCAGCGACCUCCAGCCUGCCAUCGCAACCAUUAUAAUCGGAGCCGUUCAGGUGGUAGCGUCUUGUAUCACUCCCGUGGUGGUAGACCGUCUCGGCCGCCGUCUGCUGUUAAUGGUGUCAGCCUGCGGUACAGCGAUCGGAGCCAUUCUGCUCGGAAUGUUUUUCCUGCUGAAGCACAAUGAGAGCGAAGUGGUAGCGUCGAUCAGCUUUCUUCCUAUAUUGUCUCUGGUGCUGUUCAUUGUGACGUACUGUUGGGGUCUCGGGCCCCUGCCCUGGGCGGUGAUGAGCGAGUUAUUCCCAAUAGAAGUUAAGGCUGCAGCCUCACCGAUAGCUACAGCGUUUUGCUGGCUAUUGUCCUUCCUGAUUACCAAAUUCUUCCCGUCCCUGGACCGUCACGUCGGCUUCCUCAUGUUCGGUGGGUGUUGUGUCGCGGCGUUCGCCUUCUCGCUGCUGGUUGUUCCAGAGACCAAAGGAAAGAGCUUCUCUGAGAUACAAGACAUGCUGGCAGGGAAAAAGAGACAAGAAAAGGCCUAAGUUAUUAAUUUUAUUGUACAAUAAAAUGGUGCUAAUUUAUUACUUUACUUAUUACGUUAAAAUGACUUUUGGGACCAAUUUAUAAAUUGCUAGCUAUUGUGUUUAAAUUCAUAUUAAAAUAGAAAUUGGCUUUAAAGUUAGUUAGGUUUUAUUUUCGAGAAUUAUUAUUGAAUUAAAUGGACGUAAAUUUCGUAACAUUCAAAAUUUUACUUCUGUGAGUCGACAGUUUCUUUGAAGAGUCAGCGACAGGACAGGUACGAAAGAAUAUGGCGGUCUUUUUGAGGGAUAUGGAAGCCACAAAUAAAUUAAUAAAUUGUGUAUUUAAUGAAAAAAAAAAAAUCAAAAAAGUUUUUAAUCACGCCCUAUAAUAAUAAAAUAGAAUAAAAUUUUUAUAAGUGAAUUGUUUUUAUAAGACUACCAUAUAGGUAUUUGCUGCUAAAUAAUAAUUUAAUAUAUAAUUGUGUCAAGAAACAUUUACUAUUACAAUAAGUUAGAGUACAAAGUACAAAAUUAUUCUAUGUCUUCAUAACUAUAUUAUAAUUUUCAGUCAUGUUUAAUCUUAUCUUAUUAUUUACAAAAUGAAAUAAAAGAGUUUUUAUUUGUAAAUAUUUUUAUGAUCUUUUGUGAUAUUGUUGUAAUAAAAUUGUUGGAAAUAC